AUGGCUCAAAAAAAAAAGGAAGAAAAAACCGCAGCCGACCUGGACAUGGAUCAAAGAUUGAAAGAGCUUGAGAUUCAAGUCCGCUCUCUUGUUUCUGGUCAGCAAAACAUUUUGGACAAGCUUUCUGAGCUCUCCUAUAAGCGCAACUCUCAAACUAUCCGUGAUCACGAGGAUGAUGCUAAUGGCGGACGGCACUGCAGCACCAACAAGAAUACGAAAGGGACCAAUUCGAGUGGAUUGCAGCCAUCCUACUAUCCAAGCUUGCACAUGGAAGGGGAGUGUGAGAAGGCCUAUAAAUCUGUGUUCAUAGUGGCACAACAUUUUGGAAGACUAUAUGAAGGUGUGUUAUAUGAAGUAAAAAUCGAGCAAGGAUCAGGAGCAAUUAUAGGGGGAAGACCAGGCGGAGCAUUCGUGGGUGAAGAAGAUCGACCCCCAUUGCUCAAUCCUGUAAACAAGAUCUUUGGUGAGAGCGAUAUGGUUCAGCCGUACAGUUGUCAUUUGGUGGCUCUGAGGUUCAAUGGAUUGUCCAAGUUAUAUAUGUUGGUAACUGCUCGCGAUGUCCUUAGGCACAGCCUUAGGUCCACCAUCACCGCCCCCACGAAACCGGACUUGAAGGGACAUUCUUGGUCCCUAAAUAAUCCAAGGGUAGCCUUUGAGCGGUAUGAUCCCUGCAAUGACUGUUGGGAGCCCCUGCCACCUGUUCCCUUUGCACUCCAUCAGUGCAGAGGAGGGAUGGCUGGUUAUGCUGUUUACGGAAAUAAUAUUUUGCUCUCAUUGGGUGCCAGCAAAAGUUUCAUUGCUUUUAAUGUGAAGGAAAAGAAAUGGUAUCCUGUCUUAGCUAAGGGGUCUUUUUCUUUCCGCGGGAGGGCUGUGGUUUGCUCAGAGUAUAUGGUUCAUCUAGGGAACUUGGAUUUUUGUCUUGUCCAGAGUGGCACUGACUACAAUUGUCGUGGUCGUCAACCCAUUUGGAUCACCACGUUCCAAAUUGUCUGUGAAGGAGGAAAAAGCUCUAUCAACACCUUGCAUUCAACUGUUUAUGAUGUUGACCUAAAUGGCGCGCACAAAUUCUUAAUCGGUUUCAGCUUCACUCCAGAUUGCGAGGAUAACGAACCCAAAGGAGAAGAAACUAAGGUGAAACCAAUACAUGGACCACUGGAAAAGAGAUGCAAACGGAAAGGACACUGCAUGCUCGGGAUCAAGCGUGGGAUCAAGCCCAGGACCAAGAUUGGGACCAAGCGCACGUCUGGAAAAUCCUUUGGCCUCUGUUUGAAGAGAGGCCUCACUUUGGGCAAGCUCUGA